AUGUAUCCUCUUCGUCCCUUGAGCUUGGCCAUGGCCAUUUCCAUGGCCUCGUCCGUCCUCUCGUUAGACCUUCCCAAGUAUACCGGCCUCAAAACCGCCCAGAACGACAGUAUUCUCACCGUCACCUUUCAUAACCCUUCCUCACCUGUCAAUCUUUGGAACGAGGACACUCAAAAUGACCUGGAGGAUUUGGUCUCUCGACUUCAAAGUGAUAAUGAAACCAAGGUUGUCAUCUUUAACAGUGACGUGCCGAGGUUGCCGCAGGUCACCAUUGGCGCUAUUGAGGGCCGAGCACGAGGUGCUGGAAAUGAAUUCCUUGUCGCUCUUGACAUGCGAUUCGCCACCAAGGUCGACGUUGCUUUUGGCCAGCCCGAGGUCGGCAGUGGCUUGUUUCCCGGUGGAGGAGGCAGUCAAUUUCUCACAAAUCUGAUUGGUAGAGGACGGGCAAUGGAGUACAUCCUCAGCUCCAAGGACAUCACUGCAGUCGACGCCGCCGAGAUUGGUUGGAUCAACAAGGCCUUUGACACGUCGCGCGAGCUAUAUGACUACAUCGAUAAGCUUGCACAGAGACUGGCCUUGUUUCCCCAGUCAGCUCUUGCUGGUGGUAAGAAGACUGUUCACCGAGCAUCACCGUCGCUCAAACAUGUUGUUGCAGAUGCAAAGGAUUUCUUCAAGCAGCAGAGCGACCCAACGUGUCUGUUGUGGACCUGGAACUCAACAUCCCCGAGGUACUCCCUCUUUUGUAUGCCUAAAGAUGAAGAUGAUUGCAUGCAGGGGACGAGAAAGCGGUGA